GUUUUAUGUGGCAGAUACUGUUGUUUGCUCUUGUUGAGAAUCAGGUAGUUAACUUUUGACUUUGUUCAGUUCUUGAUUUCUAAUGCUGAGAUGCCAUAUGAUUCUAUGAUCAUUUGACAAAGUUGGAAAUCCUUUCCAUGUUUCAACCUUAGGAAAGGUGGAUUCUUAAUCUAGUAAAGAGAACAUUAAGGAAGCUGUGAGGUUACUUUUGCUCUGAUGAUGACAAAACCCUGAUAGCAUUUAAUAUCAGUGCUUCUUCACAAAACUCAACGUCCAUACAAAUACAAAGUUUAAAAAAAAAAAAGAAUCCUCCUACCUUCUUAAAAAGCCUACUGUGACAGCCACCCUGGCCUCAUUUCUUUCUCCCCUAUGUCCCUCAAUUAUUGUUUAUGUAUGGAAAUUUCCCCCUGAGAAGGCAUGUGUUUCAAUUCAGAGGGAAUGUCCAUGAUACAAAAUAGUGAAAACUGAUUCGUUUGGGGAUGAAACUUGUAACUCUUACCCAAUUGGCAUCAUCCUCUAACCUACAGAGUUAAAUGCAAUAGAACAACUCGCCAAGUGCUUUUAAACUCUGCCUUCAUUUCACAGUCCAGCUCAUGCUCUUGUUUUGUUAAGAAGCAAUGUGGUAUGACUGGGAUAAGGAAGAAGAAGAAAAGCAUGUUGUCACUUGAGUGAGACUGCCUCAGAAAUGUUACCAAGUCAGGGUUGGGUGUUUCCUGUCCUUUGGAAGAGAACAGGCCUAAACAGUACCUUCCUCAUCCUGUAGCUACAAGGAAGGCACCAUGAUUGAGAUUACAGAUGCUUCCUUAGCUGAUUUUUAAUCGAAUGUAAAUUAAACUUUACUCAGCAAAAGGAUGGGAGUGAAAAAAUGCUGUAUUUUUACAGGAUCUAUUUCAUGUAAACUUUGUGUCUUGGAACAAAAUAUGAACUACCUAAAGAAUGAUAUUGGAAACUCAGUGGGAGAAACAGUUCUAGAAUCAACGACCUAUAUUUAAAUUUUGAACCUAGUUAUUGGAUUUUGUGCACAUUAUUUAAUUUCUUUAAGCCUCCAUUUCUUACGUAAAAUGAGGAAACUAUCUUGUAGAAUUAUUCUAAAGAUCAAAUAAAGGCUUUAAAGCCGUGAGCAGUAUCUGGCCUAGGGUAGAUGCUUAAUGAAUGGCAGCUAUAUCAAUAAUAAUAACUUAAUAUUAUUGAAUAGUUUACCAGGCCAAGAAAGAAAAGGACAUGGGGAGCACAGGGAGGGUGAUAAUAAAAUGAACUGAUUAUAUGUGUAUAUAAAUAGAUUCCAUCAGGCAGGGGUGUCAUGAGGAUCAGUGUGAUAGUGACCUUGUCGCCAAGUGCAAAAGCAAAACAAUGACACGAAAACAAGUACACUAGGCCCUGAGUGGAGGAGAGAGUUGGAGGCAGACGCUGCAGGACAGGAAGCUGAGUGAAAAGGGGCCUUUGAUUCCACAGGCGCAGAAAUCCACAGCCAGGAAUUUGCUGCCACCUCUGAGUCAGGCGGGGGGGGUGGGUGCCGAAUUCCAUUAGUAGGGAAAUGCCCAGUGGAUUUAGCCCGAGAGUCACAUUUCUUAUUUGGACCAGUAUAGACAGAAACAAACCCAGCUCACUUGUUUCCCGGGACAGUUGAGUUAGGGGAUGGCUUUCACUGAGCAUUCACCGCUGACCCCUCACCGCCGGGACCUCUGUAGCCGCUCUGUCUGGCUAGCAAGGAAGAUCCGUUGCGACCUGACUGCUCUUAUGGAAUCUUAUGUGAAGCAUCAAGGUCUGAACAAGAACAUAAACCUGGACUCUGUGCGUGGUGUGCCAGUGGCAAGCACUGAUCGGUGGAGUGAGCUUAGUGAGGCAGAGCGACUCCAAGAGAACCUCCAAGCUUAUCGUACCUUCCACGUUAUGUUGGCCAGACUGUUAGAAGACCAACGGGUGCAUUUUACUCCAGCUGAAGAUGACUUCCAUCAAGCAAUACAUGCCAUUCUCCUCCAAGUCGCUGCUUUUGCUUACCAGCUGGAAGAAUUAAUGGUGCUCCUGGAACACAAGAUCCCUUCCAGUGAGGCUGAUGGGAUGCCCCUUAUUGUUGGAGAUGGCGGUCUCUUUGAGAAGAAGCUGUGGGGCCUAAAGGUGCUGCAAGAGCUUUCACAGUGGACAGUGAGGUCCAUCCGUGACCUUCGAGUCAUUUCAUCUUGUCAAACUGGGAUCCCAGGACAUGGGAGCCAUUAUACUGCAAAGGACAAGAAAAUGUAACAGUUACCCCUCUCUCUCUCUUACUUGCUUUCUCCUCUAAUGGAAUAUAUAUAGUUUUCUGAGGCCUCA